GAUUUUAAUAACAAUUUAAUAAUCAUAAUAUCAACGAGAAUAAUAACAGUAUCGAUAUAAAUGGUAUUAGAUAGAAAAAACACAUUUUCCUGUCAGUUCAAGGAAUUGGGAAAUCAUGAUCCUUCACGAGGGCAUACUGCUAGACUCCUUGCUGGCUGAGCACAUGUGGAGCCAUCUGUAUGUAAUGAAAUUCACAAAAUAAAUACAGAGGAAAUUACAUAAAUCCAUAAUGGAUAAUUCAUUGUACUCCUCUCUCCUCUCCUUCCCAGUUCUGCCAGCAGCUAAUGACCAGCCAAGCUACCAUUGUCCACUUUGUCAGGAGACAUUUGAUUCCAGCAGAGCAUUUGAGGAGCACAAAGCAACAGCACAACAUCGAGUUCGUUGGCUCAAGCAUUGGUAUCAGAAUAACAGACUCCUGUUGGCCAGGAACAAAAAUGGAAUAGUGAUUUGGCCUAAGGAAAACAUUGACAAUGUCAGAUUUGAGGAGAGAAGUGGAACAGUUUCUGUCAAUCUGAGCCCAGGAUCUCAGAAGACAUUCCCUUUGAUUUUGAAGAACACAGGAAGUUGCCCGGCCAUUCUCCGGCACAUAGAGUUGCUGCACACCUCUCGGCUUGUGUCCAUUACUGACUCCCAUGGGGUAGCAAAGGGAGAGAAAUACGUCCGAGUCCUUCCAGAUGUUGAGUAUGCUGUUGAGUGCCAUACACAGGCAGACACUUUAGGUGUUGAACAAGUACCUGUUGCUUUCCAGUUCCGAUUGGAAGAUUCGUCACAGCCGUUUUUUAUAAUUAGAACAAUACAAGUGAACGUAGAGGACAGUAUAGCCCAAGAAUCCGCAGCCACAAGCCCCUUUGAGAGACAAAGGCCGGGAUACGCUAUCCGCAGAGAACCAGGGUCUUAUAUCCCAGGGGUUCCUAUUGAUAAAGACAGGAGAGAGAAAUGCAAGAGGCUUCCCCUGAAGCAGUUCAAUUACGAUGCUGACCUCUUCAAUAUUGCUGCCAAGAACUUCAAUCACAAGAAGGUUGCACCGCAUCUUCAGAAAAAGACAAAGCAAAUGAAAGCAAUGCUGGAGGAGGGUCUAAAUGCAAAUAACUAUGGGAAAUGGUUCCAAACAUUGCUUUGGCUUGAAGAAAUGCAGAUGGAAAUAGACAUUCGUUUCUACAACAUGUCUGAGGCACCUUUAAAAAAAGUGUCAAAACAGCAGUACUCAAACGCUGACUGUGUAGAACUUCAGGUGCCGGGAUUAGCUGAAAACCGUCCAUCAGUCUUGCGUGGAGAUAAUGUAUUUGUCAAGCUGCCAGGACAGAGGACAAUUUAUGAAGGUUGUGUUCAUCAGGUCCUUGAAGGUUCCAUCUACCUAGCAUUUAGUCCAGAAUUCAUGCGCACCUUCGUGAACAAUAUGAAAGUCAAUGUGGAAUUCACCUUCAGUCGCUAUCCACUGAGAGUGUGCCACAGAGCCAUAACUCUGACACAGUCACUGUCUCUCAGACACUUGACCUUCCCCAACAACCCAGCCUUAAAUGUAGCUUCCACCCAGAACAUUUUGCCAUUUAACCGCAGACUGGAAACCAAUGCUGAACAAAUGGAAGCUGUGCGUAACAUUGUUGCAGGGACCUCAAAGCCUGCCCCUUACAUUGUGUUUGGUCCCCCAGGCACAGGGAAGACUGUUACCAUUGUUGAGGCUAUCAAGCAGAUUUACAAGUUGCAACCCAAUAGCCGCAUAGUGGCAUGUGCACCAUCAAAUUCUGCAUCAGAUAUUAUUGCAGUGCGUCUCCUGGAACACAUCUCAAAACAUCACAUGUUGCGUUUGCAUGCAGAAUCAAGGAUGAUAUCAACCAUUCCGGGAAAUUUAAGGGAUAUGUCCAACAUACAAGAGGGCAAAAUUUACACACCAUCGGAUGAGAAACUCAUGGUGUACAAGAUUAUAAUUUGUACAUUGGUGACGGCUGGGAAGAUAGCAGGAGCUUCCCUCCCUCAAGGUCACAUAACUCAUGUGUUUCUAGAUGAGUGUGGCCAUGCCAUGGAGCCUGAAGCCAUGUCAGCACUGGCAGGAAUUGUAGAGAAGGAAGCUCAGGUGGUAUUGACUGGGGACCCUCACCAAUUAGGUCCUGUGAUUAGGAACACCCAGUGCUUCACAGGCGAGGAGAGUCUCUUCCGUGGGAAUGGCCUAGAUAAGUCCUAUCUGGAAAGGCUGAUGCAGAUGCCCAUGUACAGGGAUAGCACCGGCCACUACAACAGGCAGGUUGUGACCAAACUGCUCAACAAUUACCGCUCCCAUGCUUCUAUUCUCAAGGAACCUAAUGAGAUGUUCUAUGAUUCUGAACUCCAGGUUUGUGCAGAUCCAGUGUAUGUAACAGCUUUCUGUAAAUGGGAAUACUUGCCCAAGAAGGACUUCCCAGUCAUCUUCCAUGGUGUCAAAGGAAAAGAUGAGCGAGAAGGAAAUUCACCAAGUUACUUCAAUCCACUUGAGGUUACCUAUGUGAUCGAUUAUGUAAAGAAGCUUUUGGGAUCACGGAAACCUAAGGUUCUUGGCCGAGAAAUAGGGAUAAUCACCCCAUACAGACGGCAAGUUGAAAAGAUCAGGACACAGCUGAGGAAGGUGAACGGUGCACAUGAAAUCAAAGUUGGUUCCCCAGAAGAAUUCCAAGGUGACGAGCGGAGGGUCAUUAUCAUAUCCACAGUGCGAGCCUCAGCCGACCAGCUGGCAACUGACCAGAUUUUCAGGCUUGGGUUCUUGAGGAAUUGCAAGAGGUUCAAUGUGGCUGUGACAAGAGCUAAGGCACUGUUGAUCCUGGUGGGAUGUCCAGAGAUCCUUAUCCUCGAUGACCACUGGGGUAGGUUAAUGGAUUACGUCCACCAGAUGGGUGGUUACUGCGGCCAGGCAUUCCCCCAGGAGACCGAUGACAAUCUGGACGAUUUGCUGCAGAGGUUUGGUAACCUUGAUCUCCGACCGACCCUGUAUGAAGAUGUAAGUGCUCGGGAGAAAGCAGAAGCCCCAGAGUGGCACACUGAGUACUAGCCACAGCAUGGUGGAUUUACAGUUGCCUUUGUAACUUUGCUUAACAGGAGCUGUCAAAAUGCUGCUUUUGAUUUUUUUAUUAGAUAUUUAUUUUCUUUUUCUUUUUCCUUUUGAUCUGUUCUUAUUUUUUGUGUGAAAGAAAUAAGUUAAAAUGUUUUUGCAGCAAGAGAAAAGUAAUAUCCAUUUUUUUGUUAUUAUUAUGAUUAUGGUUGUUGUUUUUUUUAUUGUUGGAAUUAUUGUUGCUAUCAUUUUUAUUUGUAGUCAGUUUUCCUUUUCCAUAUUUAUGCAGCAUAAAACAAUUUCAAGUGUGUCUGACAAAAAAGUAAUAUAUGAUUUAUAAAGUCCCUAAGGUGCUUACUUCUUUGUGAUAAAUGUUUAGUUUUAGAAAGUAAAAAAAAAAAGGAAAAAUAAAAAAUAAAGCAUCUAUUUACAAAUAACCAAAAAAAGAUAGUCUUUUGAUAAAAAAAAUGGAAAUAUAUAAGAUAAAAGGAAGACUGAAGGGUUCAAAGAAAUCAGGAAUUGUGAUUAAGCAUCAGUGAUUUUUGUACAUUUUCCCUUUAUAGAAUUACACAGAGCAAAGCUGAUUUUCUCAAACAAUCCUUCCAUUUUCUUUUUUAUGCUAGAUCUCCAGAGAUCUUCAUAUUUAAAAUUAUACAUUAGGAACACUGAGUUUAUGGUUGAAUAUUGCAGUUGGCGAGUGUCUUUACGGUACUGUAUUUUUGUAUGUAUCCAUUAUUGCACAAAAAAUUCAGAUGCAGUGCCAGUAAGAUUGAUAUUAACUUACCAAAAAUAUGUCAGCAAAGGUUAAGAUGUAAGGUCAGAGCUGAUGUUAAUUUCUCUCUCUUUGUUGUAAUAUGGUUAUCAUUGUUACAUAUAGUAUUGUUAGGGUGUGAUGUAAAUGGGAUGGUGUUUAUUCUUCCCUAAACGAAGGGGAGGAUACCCAAAGAUGCUGAACCACUUCCAUAAUCCACUGUUCAUCAAUUUUGCCUAUUUCUCGCACUCUUCUCCUUUCUCCUCUCCUUUCCGCUCCACUCUUUCCUCUUCUUCUCUUCAGUAUCCAGUUCCUCCUUCAAUAUUUCCCUCUCCCUCCUCCCCCCCUUGUCCUCUGUAUAUCCUUAAUGCAUCAAAUCAGCCGGCUUUUUAGAUAAUAUAGUAACAGUUAUCCUCAGCAUCGUAGUUAGAAAACAGCACAGAUUGAAAAACGGCAAUUGAUGGAAUAGAGAGUACCGUAGAGCUAAUAACAAAACAUAUGUUAUACUGCUUUUUUUGACUGCUUUUCACUGGGACACCAAGGACCAAAUAUUCUUGUGUGCUUGACAUUUUACAUUUAGCACACGAGGAGUGGAAGACCUGUGAUUUCUUUUCUGUAUCCAUGAUUUGCAAGGUUGUUCAAUGUCACUCCUUAUUUUUUGUGUGUGUGUGCUUAGUGAUGUUAUUAAAGGUUGUCAUUGUUAUUAUUAUGGCCAUUAUGAGUACUAGUUUUUCUAUUUGUCGUCUAAUAGUUAUGGUGAUCAAUAGUUUCAUGAUUUAUAUGAUUAUUGUCCAGCCUUUGAAAUUGUUCAUUGUGAAAUGAAGUGGAAGACCUUACAAGAGAUGACACUUUUUUCCUCCGCCGAUCUAUUCUUCUCUUCCCUUUUCCUGCUUUUUUCUGUCUUGGUGAAGUGGAUUUUCAUAGAUUUUUAAGGAGUGAAAUUUCUGUGGCUGUUUCUUGGGGGUUUUCUUCCAUAUGGCUGUUUUUGGGGGGUUUUCUUCCAUAUUAUUUACAUCAUUAUUCACAUCGUCAUUAUUAUUCAGUAUCAUUACAUUGAUUACUAUUAUUAUGACUACAGUUAUUGAUUUAUAUUUUUGUACCACAACUUUAAUUAUGAUUAGGAUUACCAAGUAUUUGUGUUAAACAUUUUGCAGACAUUGAUAAUGUUUUUACUUUAUCAUAGAUUUUAUUAUUAUUGAUGUUGAUUGUUUGUACUUUUAACAUGCUGUUAUUUAUAACUUUGUUUCAUUGCUUUUUUCAGUUAGUUUAUCAUAUUUUUUUUAUUAAAUUAAAUCAUCUAUGCCUCAGUGAUUACACUUAUUCUUAAGGAUUGAUAGCUGGAGAAAUAUUUUAUGUUGAUACUGAAGACUUCUGGUAUUAUUAGUCUGCUUAUUUGUUUCUUUCUUUUUGCACGUCUGUAAUAUGUUAAUCCUGCAUAUGUUUGUUGAUAUGCAAGAGUUAUCUUUCGCUUAUAAUUACAAAUUUAUUGCUUUCUUUCUUUCAUUUUGGGAAAAUACUUAAAUGUGUUGAACUUUUACUAGCAUUUAUUUGAUAUAUGCUGAGUGAAUUUUUUGCUAUUGGUGUUGCAUAUAUGGUAAUAUGCUCCUUGUUGAUAUUUGUAUCAUAGCAAUUAUGAUGCAAGUGUAUUGAGUACAGAAUAUGGAGGCUCCCAUACAAAAAAUAUGUUCCUAUAGCUUAUCCCUCUAUCAGAAGGGUUAUUUAAUACCAAAAAUGAUGGCGGAGUUGAGUCAGCUCUUAAUAAUAUAGGUUCUAUUGUUUGGCACUGAUUGUUGUUGUUGUUCUUUGAUUCAGCAAUACUUUGAUUUUGGAGAGAUAGAGAGAGAGAUAGAUUUGCAAGAAUUCCAUUUUAUGACUUGCGGUAUAAAGGAAAAAAGAUUGGUUUUAUUUUUAGAUUAAAAACCUUCUUAUGCAAUAUAUACUGCAACUUUUCUAUAUUAAAACAUAUUUUUUGAUAAGUAAUGACUUUUAGGAAAUUGUCACACCAUUUAGUGCCUUACAGAUUGUUACCAUGCUAGAGUUGGUAAAUGUGCUUCAGAUCUGGAUAUAAAGGUGUCUGCCAUGUAUUAAUGGGUCUGUGGAUUUCAUUAUGGGUUGGUUCACAGGAUUCGCAUUAACCAAAGGAAUCGUGAUGGGAAAAGUGUGCUUGUUAAUCGUAAUGUCAUGUUAAUUUUCAAUGGUUAUGUGAGGAUUGUACUUACGAGUAGUAUUUUAUUUUAUUUUAUUUUAUUAUUAUUAUUUUUUUUUCAUUGUAUAUUAAUUUUUUUGUAAGCACAUAAAAUGUUUUCAGCAA